ACGGUUUCCCCACCAAUACAUUGUCUUGUUUACAUCCACUAAAACAGGGGCCCCAUUAAGAAUAGAGCUUCGGUCUAAUUUUCAUCGCCAUCAUCAUCAUCAUCAUCAUCGAAGCCCUCCUAGCAAUAUGUCUUCCCCCACGAAACGCCGCUCUGCGCGGCAAUCAUCUCAACAGUCGACUCCCCGCGCCCGCCGUUCCCCACGAAAGGGGGCCAACACUCCACUCGCACCGCCUCCUGCUGGGUCAAAAAUCGGGACAUCCCCGCUGUUUGGUGGCUCUUCGCCGGCCGUAUCCUCGGAUCCCAUCCGCAUGAGCUCGCCGACUCCACAGGCCAGUCAGACAUUGCCAGUUUCGGGCAUCUCGGGUGCUAUGAGGGGAAGGGCAAUGGAUUCGGAUCCUUUUGGAGGUUUGCAAUGGAUUCCCCCAGGCUAAUAAUCAAAGUAGGAUGCUGAUGAGGAGAUGAGUUAGUCUCUUCUCCCCUUCGAUAUGCUAGCACUUCACCAUCCAGGGGUGGAAGAACUCCGAGAUCAUCGGGGCUCCCAAUGUCUAGUGCCAGUGUAUUGAGAUCCAGGUGGGGGUUCACCGGGGGAGGUUCUGUUUGUUCCUGCUAACUGUGUCCAGACACGGCGGAGAAAUUGAGGGGAGCACCCCGCUACGCUCUCGCCGUGGAGAUCUUCAAUUCUCCGAUGUCAAUGCGACCCCUACUCGCCGUAGGCUCCUCUAUGUGGACGAGCAAGGCAUGCCUAUCCGCUCAGGAGCUGGCGGCGGUGAUGCAGUUCAUCCACUAUCUGAUGCAGCGACCUAUAGCGGCGGACCGACAUCUGACUUACCGGACGGGCCUCGCCGUCUUAUCUGGGGCACCAACGUCUCUGUCGAGGAGUCCACCCAAGCAUUCAACAAAUUUCUCCGCGAGUUCAAGCGGCGGUAUAGGAUGCGUAUGGAUGGCGAGUUUGUUGCUCCCGGAGAAGGUGAUGAGUUGGUUUAUGUGGAAAUGCUGAAGCAGCUUCGAGAGUUGGGAACUUCAAACUUGAAUCUGGAUGUUCAGAAUUUGAAGAGUUUCCCUCCCACUAAGCGGUUCUAUCACCAAUUGCAUGCGUACCCACAAGAAAUAAUUCCUAUUAUGGAUACUUGUGUUAAGGAUACGAUGUUGGAAAUGCUAGAGGAAGCAGGCGCUGAUGAAGCAGAAUACGAAGCUUGUCUGGAGAGGAUUUAUAAGGCCAGACCGUUUAAUUUGGGGAAGACUGUCAACAUGAGGGAUCUCAACCCUGCUGGUAAGCUUCCGAUGGGAAAUGGGUAACUAGAGGUGGCUAAAGGUGGUUGACUAGAUAUCGAUAAGGUUAUCAGCGUUAAAGGGCUUGUCAUUCGUGUGACUUCAAUUAUCCCGGAUAUGAAUAAGGGUAAGCUAGUCAGCCCCCUUUUCGUGGAAGGCUCUAAUUGUUCCUCUAGCUUUCUUCCGCUGUCAUGUCUGUGGCCAUACCGUCACCGUGGAGAUUGAUAGGGGAAAAAUCGCUGAGCCUACCUUGUGCCCCCGUGAAGUUUGCAAGACACCAAAUUCCAUGCAAAUUGUCCAUAACCGUUCCGACUUUUCCGAUAAGCAGGUCAUCAAACUUCAAGAGACCCCCGAUUCCGUUCCUGAUGGUCAAACACCCCACUCAGUCUCACUUUGUUGCUAUGAUGAACUUUGUGAUGUAGCGAAAGCUGGUGACCGUGUCGAAGUCACCGGUAUUUUUAGAUCUGUUCCGGUCCGCGUCAAUCCAAGGCAGAGAUCUAUCAAGAGCCUUUUCAAGACUUAUGUUGACGUCCUUCAUAUCCAGAAAGUAGAUAAACGCAGGAUGGGUCAAGAUACGUCUACACUUGAAGAGGAAUUGGCUGGACAGGUUGCUAGUGACAUUGACGAAGUCAGAAAGUUGACUGAUGAGGAAGUGGGAAAGAUUAAGGCUAUCGCUGCCCGCUACGAUGUCUACGAGCUACUUUCUCGAUCAUUGGCGCCUAGUAUCUGGGAAAUGGAGGAUGUGAAGAAGGGAGUUCUGCUUCAACUAUUUGGAGGAACGAACAAAACAUUUGAAAAGGGUGGUGCGCCAAGAUAUAGGGGCGAUAUUAACAUUCUACUUUGCGGUGAUCCUUCUACCUCAAAAUCUCAGUUGCUGCAGUACGUUCACAAGAUUGCCCCCAGAGGUGUCUACACUUCAGGGAAGGGUUCUUCUGCGGUUGGUUUGACAGCAUACGUUACUCGCGAUCCGGAGACUCGUCAAUUGGUCCUUGAAUCUGGAGCAUUGGUAUUGUCUGAUGGAGGAGUCUGCUGUAUCGAUGAGUUUGAUAAAAUGAACGAGGCUACACGCUCAGUUCUUCAUGAAGUAAUGGAACAGCAGACAGUCUCUAUUGCCAAAGCUGGUAUUAUCACUACACUGAACGCCAGAACAAGUUUGUUGGCAUCCGCAAAUCCCAUUGGGUCCAAGUACAAUCCGAACUUACCGGUUCCUGCAAACAUUGAUUUGCCACCUACGUUGCUUUCCAGAUUUGACCUAGUUUAUUUGGUACUCGAUAGGGUUGACGAGGCUCAUGAUCGCAGAUUGGCGAGACACAUGUUGGGCAUGUACCUGGAGGAUAACCCCGAGAAUGCCUCGGGCAAUCUUGAAAUCAUUGUGCGUAUACUCGCCCCACUAACUUAAUCUUUCUAAACAAGGGCUAAUGUGGAUGAUUUAGCCUAUCGAGCAACUCACAGCCUACAUCUCCUAUGCCCGUCAAAACGUGCACCCUAAACUUACGGAAGAGGCCGGGGAAGAGCUCGUGAAAGCGUACGUCGACCUCCGCAAGCUUGGCGAAGACGUCCGUGCAGCGGAGCGCCGUAUCACCGCCACAACCCGUCAACUCGAGUCCAUGAUCCGCCUCUCAGAAGCGCACGCCAAGAUGCGCCUAAGUGAGGAAGUAACAGUCGAUGACGUCCAUGAAGCCGUCCGCCUCAUCCGUUCUGCCAUUAAGGAGUCCGCUACCGACCCCGUUACCGGUAGGAUAGACAUGGAUCUUCUGGGUGGUAUUAGCAACUCGGAGAGGCGCAGGAAGGGUGACAUGAAGAACGCGAUCAUCGGCCUCCUCGAUGAGAUGGCGAGGGGCGCUGGCGGGGCUAGGUACAAUGAUGUGCUUAAGCGCUUGCAGGAGCAGAGCACUGGUAUCACCAUUCCCUCGGGAGAAUUCGCGGAUGCUUGUAGGUCUCUGGAGACGGAGGGGUUGAUUCGGGUUACUGGAGAGGGGGCUAGGAGGGCAAUUAGAAAGAUUUCGAGCUUUUAGAUGGAUGGACUUGAGGCCUUGAAUGGAUACAUAGAUAUCUUGAGGGAGGAGAAAGGAUGCGUGGAUUGUUGAAGGGGGGGGGGUUAUGGUUGAACGUGUAUUUCGUGCGUGGUUUGAAAUUAUAUCCAGUUUGGUAGGAUGUGUGGAUUGCGUGGUAUGGGGCUGGCUGCGACCUGGUUUGCGAUGACAAUUCUCCAACCUUUCCGGAGGCCCCAUGAUGGCUUACCUUUGAAUAUUCAUGCAUCCGUUUAUCCCAUCUCCCCUGCCACUCACUUCUGCUAAAUGAC